AUGACCAGUAAUCUUUUAGAGAACGCAUUAAAGCUUAAACGUAUAUAUAUUGAACCAAAGCUUCCGGAUGCACUGAAGCCGCUCAGCGAGUUGGCGCACAAUAUCUGGUGGUGUUGGGAUCAUGAUGCCAUCGAGCUGUUCAAGGGUAUUGAUGAGAAAAAGUUUAUUGCGGUGGACUACAAUCCGAUCGCGCUGCUCGAUGAAAUGGGCACCGAACGGGCUACGGCACUUGUCAAUGAUGCCGAUUUUAUCAAGAAAAUGAAGGCUGUGGUUGCCAAAUUUCGCGCCUACAUGGACGAAAAACCGACUUCCACUACGCCUGGCAUAGGAUAUUUCUGCAUGGAAUACGGUUUGCACCAGAGCUUACGCUUGUAUUCUGGAGGUCUUGGCGUGUUGGCGGGUGACUACCUCAAGGAGGCGAGCGAUCGCAAUAUCAAUUUGGUGGCUGUCGGCUUAUUGUAUCGCUACGGGUAUUUUCAGCAGCAUAUUUCAUUGCACGGAGACCAAAUACACAACUAUGAUGCUGCGAAAUUUACGCAAUUGCCACUCACGCCUGUGCGCGAUGCACAAGGCGAUUGGGUGAAAGUUUUUGUGAAUUGUGCGGGUCGCUCUAUUUGGGCAAAAGUUUGGCAGCUCAAAGUGGGUCGUAUAAGUUUGUAUUUGUUGGACACCGAUUUUGAGGAUAAUCGUUGGGAGGAUCGCUCUAUCACACACCAAUUGUAUGGCGGUGAUAACGAAAAUCGCCUUCGCCAAGAGUUGAUACUAGGUGUUGGUGGCGCUCGUGCGCUCCACGCCAUGGGAAUUAAACCCGAUAUAUACCAUCUCAAUGAAGGUCAUGCGGCUUUUUUGAGCUUGGAGCGCAUCAAAAACUUCAGAAAAGAAGAAGGAUUCUCCUUUGAAGAAGCCAUCGAAGCCGUGAAAUGCUCGCAGAUGUUCACUACCCACACGCCCGUGCCUGCAGGUCAUGAUGUAUUUCCGGAGAGUUUGCUGAAAACCUAUAUUUACGAUAUGAUCUACGACCUCGAUGUGUCGUGGGCAGAUAUGUUGCAACUUGGAAAAGAGGAUUUGACUAACGAAUCAGAGCCUUUUUCGAUGAGUCAGUUGGCUAUUACCACCUCUGUUGCUGUGAAUGGCGUGAGUAAGCUCCACGGCGAGGUGAGUCAGAAAAUGUUCAACCAUUUGUACCCGGAUUUCCACUAUUCUGAGUCGCACAUUGGCUAUGUGACCAAUAGCGUGCAUCUACCAACGUGGGUGGCUGCCGAAUGGAUGGAGCUCUAUAAAAAGACUUUCGGCAAAGAUUUCGAAAAAGAUGAAACCAACCCUGCCGUAUGGGGAAAAAUACACCAAGUGCCUGAUACUACGAUACUUGGCAUCAGAAGAAGCCUCAAAAAGCGCUUACUCGAUUUCGUGAAGAAUACGCUCCAAACCGAUUUUACGCGCCGCGGCGACAAUCCACGGGAUAUCUUUGAGGUGAUCAAUUCGGUAAAAGAGGACGCUUUGGUGAUUGGUUUUGCGCGUAAGGCGCACCCUGCCGACAAAGGCGGUCAAGCCCUCAUCAAGCGUAUCAAUGAAAUAUCGCACCACGAAGGUUUCAAAGGGAGGGUUAUUUUCCUAGAGAAUUAUAGCAUGGAAAUGGCGAAAGUACUUGUGCAAGGCGUGGAUAUUUGGCUUAACAACCCUACGCGCCCUAAAGAGGCGAGCGGUACCAGCGGUAUGAAGGCGGUACUCAAUGGCGUCAUGAAUUUCAGUGUGCUGGAUGGCUGGUGGGUAGAGGGAUACCGCCCGGGUGCCGGCUGGGCAUUGCCAAUGGAGGAUACUUAUACCGACACCAAUCUCCAAAAUGAGCUGGAUGCAGAGACCAUCUACAAUAUGUUGGAGAAUGAAAUAGUGCCGAUGUACUACGAUUACAACGACAAAGGCAUCAGUCCGGAGUGGGUGAAGCAAAUCAAGAACACCAUCGCCGAUAUUGCGCCUAUAUUCACGAUGAAGCGGAUGUUGGAUGAUUAUUUCAGCCGUUAUUACCAACCGAUCUACCAGCGCAGCAGCCUGCUCAAAGGAGGUCAAUAUAGCAAAAUGAAGGAGCUAUUGCUCUGGAAAUCGCGGGUGAAGCGUGCGUGGCCCGCACUUGAGCUCGUUCACUUGGAUAUGAUAGACACCGCUAAUCAGUCUGUGCCUUUGGGCGGUUGCGGAGGUUCUGUGCUGCGGUAUCUCCUUGGGGUGUGGUUGCCUCCCAACAAUGCCGCUAUGGGUAAUAUACCAUACCAUACCUUGCUCGCCAAUGUAGAAGGUUGCCUCCUAGUAGGCAUGCUCGCACAAUGGCUACCGCUCAAUAGCAGCCACCAAUUAUUGCCUUGGAGAUGGCUACUUAUCACCGGUUUUUGUGGUGGAUUUACUACCAUGAGCAGUUUUUCCCUCGAAACCAUCCAACUGAUACAAGCCGGCAAUACCGCUCACGCAGCCUGGUAUUUUUUCAUGACGCUCACUACCAGUCUUGGGGCGGUAUUGCUCGGCGCAGCUGGAUUCAUCGGCGCACAGAUGGUGAAGCACCUCAAUCAAGCCGGAUACACCGAUUUGCUUUUGGUAGAUGAUUUUGAGCCACGCGCCAAAUUGCAUAACUGGUGCCGCCUGCAGCACACCAUGCGCGUGCACAGAAACCAUUUCGUAGGCUGGCUUGACCGCCACCAUGCAGAGUUAGAGACCGUGUUGCACCUCGGCGCGCGCACCGACACCACCGAGUUGGAUACCAAUUUAUUCGAUUGCCUCAAUCUGCACUACACCCAAUUGCUGUGGAAUAUUUGCGCCAAGCAUCAGAUCCCUUUCUUUUACGCAAGCAGCGCUGCCACUUAUGGUGCGGGCGAACUUGGAUAUGUAGAUAAACAUCAGAUAGUGAGCAAGUUGCGUCCGCUCAACCCCUAUGGCGCCUCCAAGAAUGAUUUCGAUAUCUGGGCUUUGAAACAGCCGCAACAACCGCCGCGCUGGGCAGGAUUCAAGUUUUUCAAUGUGUACGGACCAGGUGAGGCGCACAAGGGACGCAUGGCUUCGGUGGUAUUUCACACCAUGAAACAGAUCGCCGAAACGAGCAAAAUGCGCCUUUUUCGGUCGCAUCGCCCCGAUUUCAAAGACGGAGAGCAAAGCCGCGAUUUUGUAUAUGUGAAGGAUGUUACUAAGAUUUUGCAUUGGUGCAUGACCAAUUCGGUGCCCAAUGGCUUGUACAAUCUGGGUACCGGCAAAGCGCGCACGUUCUUCGAUUUAGCCAAAAAUACUUUCCUAGCCCUUGGUCUUGAGCCAAAUAUUGAGUUCAUAGACACACCCGCCGAUAUCCGCGAGGCGUACCAGUAUUUCACCGAAGCCGAUAUGACCAAGCUGCGAAAAGCUGGCUAUAAAGCACCUUUUUAUACCUUGGAGGAAGGGAUUGCUGAUUAUGUGGGGGCA